AUUUAUCUUCAACAUAAUAUUUCCAGGUAACAACCACACAUUACUUGAUGUUCUUCCAUCUGUGCCAGAAGGGAUACAUUUAUUGUGUAGAGGUUUAUGUAAACAGUUCUAAGUUUCUAAUUGUAUUGGCUUAAACUUAUGAAUUCCUAGCAGCUGAGGAAAAAUCAGGUGGUCUAUAAAUCUCUGUGUUUAUAACUUUUCUUUAUUUGUGUUGUAUUUUUCAACUAUAAAUCUCUUGUACUCAAAAUUUUUUCAGAAAAUGUCCAGUGAUACAAAAAUAAACCUUGUUGCAUCUGCCGAGAGUUCACAUUUGAUACUAAAAAAUGUCUCCGUGCUAAGUGAGCUUUCUUCACAACUGAAACGUGAAACUAAAAAAGGCGAAAACUCUCUCGAGUCACUGCAGAGUUUACUCUUUCAGGCUGGAAAAAACGUGAGUUCCCUCCACAAGUGCGUUGAGACACUGCUCACCAUCGCUAAGAAACUGGUUUACCAAUCUCUCAAAAUCGUCCCUGUGGCAGAUCCGAAUUUCCAAAGUCUCAAAACAGAGGCCGACAAACUUCUGAAUAUUCUGGAUGAGAUCCAAAACGACGAGGACGAACAGUCGUUGGAUGCUAAAUGGAGGCAAAUAGACAAGUCGUUAAAGAUGAACUCAAGUUCCAAAUCGAUAAACAUCUGUGAGAAGUAUCCGGAACACUGUUCCAAGGAGUCUCUCCUGGAUAUAAGCAGCAUCAGUACUCUCCCAACUCUGCAUGAAGAUGUCUUCGUCAACUUCCACAAACCUAAUAAAACAUCCAGCUCCUGUUCUCUGAAGAAUUUGCGUAGAAUUAAGAAAUGCAUGCAGAAAAUAACGAACGAUGAUUAUGAAUUAGAAAAUGAAACAGAAAAAGCAGAUGCCACACCAUCCCAGUCACCAGAUAAAACUGUGGGUGUUCCCCCGACAAGGUUUGUUUCCCAGUAACGGUAUCCACUGGCACGAAUCCAGUCCAGGUGCUGGAUCUUACACAAACGGAAUCCAACUGAGACAAAUUUGUGGAGAAGUGGCAUCUGAAUUUAAUUUACUCAAUUGUGCUGUUCAACAAUAAAAUUUUGAAAAUAAACUAAUUAAUUGACAUUAA